AUGGUAACACAGAAUUUGGCAUUAAAAGGAACGGCUGUACAGUCAUCCACAUUUUACAGCUGUGGAGCAGCAAAGGCCAUCGACGGCAUCAGAUACGCUCCUUCAGGUAGACCCACUCCAGAAGAAAUCUAUACAUACUGCUCCAUCACAGCAUACCAGCUCAACCCGUGGUGGAGGCUGGAUCUGCUGGAUUCUUACAACAUUUACAACGUGACCGUCACCAACAGAGAUGAUAACUGCUGUCCGGAUCAAACGAGAGGAGUAGAGAUCCGCAUCGGAAACUCUCUGGAAAACAACGGAAACAACAAUCCCAGAUGUGGUGUCACUUCACUUGUCCCAGCAGGCAGUUCUGUCAGUUUCUCUUGCGGUGGAAUGGAAGGUCGUUAUGUGAACAUGUACAUUCCUAACAUCCAGAUGUGGCUCACGCUGUGUGAGGUGGAGGUUUAUGGAACAGGUAAAACCGGUAAAAUUGGUCCAUUGUCAGUAGCAUAG